AUGUCGCGCAUCGUGCGUUGGCGUGCGCCUGCCCUGCUUGCCGGGGUGCGGUGCAGGCCGCUGGUGUCUCUCCGGCAAGCCCCUUUCCGUGCGACGUCUACUGAUGCGUCGUCGUGGCCUAGCCUCGCCCCAAUGCCUGCCGGUGAGCCCCACCGGCUGAGUGCUCUGGUAGCCGAGAAGCUGCGCCUGCCGCGCUUUGCCGCGAGCUCGGCGUCGGUGCUGCGUAUCGAGACGCCUAGGCAGUUUUACGGUUUGCUCAAGACCAAGAUUUUGCAGGCCAAGCACCGCAUCUUUCUGUCGACCCUGUAUGUGGGCAAGGAGGAGCGCGAGCUCGCGCGCUACCUCUUCGAGGCGCUCUCCAAGCGCCCCGAGCUCCAAGUAACGAUCCUCAUGGACGCGAUGCGUGCGACGCGCGAGAGCCCGCGCCACGUGUCGAGCGCGUCGCUCUUGGUGCACCUUGCGGCGAUGUUUCCCGACCAGGUCGACAUCCGCCUGUACGCCACGCCCAUCCUGCGCCCCAACUCGCUGAAAGCGCGCAUGAUCGGCAAGCGCUUCAAUGAGGGCUUUGGGCUGCAGCACAUGAAGAUCUAUGGCUUCGAUGACGACGUGAUUAUCAGCGGCGCCAACCUCUCUCGCGACUACUUUACGCGCCGCAAGGACCGCUACAUGAUGGUGCGCAGCCACGCGUUCCUCGCCGACUACCUGCACUCGCUCAUCCUACUAAUCAGCCGCUUCAGCUACGCGCUGCGCUACCGCGGCGACGCACAGGAGCUCGCGGCGAUGAAGAACGUGCUGCCGACGCUCGACGACGACGCGGACGAGGUCACGGCGCUGUGCCAGAGCCCGUUUGACCUCGAGUGGGACGGCGGCGGAAAUUUGCUCGCGGCCGAGGACACCGACGGGACCGUCUCCGCCACCGGCCUCUGGCCCGAGUGGCACACCUUUCCCGAGCGCAACUGGGCCGAGCCGGCGGCCAAAGCCCUCGACGAGUUCACCGAGCGCUGGUACGAGCGCACGCAGAACACGCAUUCCGCGCCGCCGCAGCACGCACCUCCGGAGAAGGUCGAUACCUACUUUGUGCCGCUUUUGCAGAUGGGGCAGCUCAAGGUGACGCAAGAGGCGCAAAUGAUACCCUACCUGGGCCAGUACCUCGGUGCGCUGCGCGCAGAGCCGCCCACACCGGACGGGCGGCCGUACGCCACGGUCGACAUCACGUCCGGCUACUUCAGCCUGGCGGGCGUGUACAAGUCGCUGGUCCUCUCCCAGGAGCUGCACAGCGCCGCGGCGCAGCCGGGGCGCGUGCCGGUGGCCUUUCGCCUGGUCGCCGCAUCGCCAGAGGCGAACGGCUUCUUUGGCAGCAAGGGCGUGAGCGGCCGCAUUCCGGGCGCGUACACCUAUCUCGAAAAGCAGUUCUGGGAGCAGGUCGUGGACCGCGGCCUGGACAAGCCGCUCCCGGGCCAGGACACGCCGACCGUCGAGCUACGCGAGUGGCGCAAGUACGGAUGGACCUACCACCAAAAGGGCGUGUGGAUCACGCCGCCGGGCACUCCGCUGCCGACCACGACGCUGAUCGGCUCGUCAAACUACGGCGCCCGCUCCGAAAAGUUUGACCUGGAGUGCUCCCUGCUGAUGACGACGGACUCGCUGGCGCUGCGCAAGCUCUUGGCCAACGAAGUGGAAGAUUUGCGCGACGAUGCCCGUGAUCUCAUGGACAUGAAGGCCUUUGACGCCAAGGACCGCCGAGUGGAUAGUAUCACGCGCUUCCUGACGCGCCUCGUCAAAUACAUGCUGUAG